AUGGCUGCCCCCACCAGCCCCGUGUGGGGCUUGAAGGGGGACCUGCAUCAGGUUAUAGAGGGCCAGGUGCAACUGGUUGUCACAGGCAUGGCCAGCAGGUCCUUUUGGAUCAUGACACCAGGGCCCUUGACUGCCCCAGAUCACCUGGACAAUAAGCAACAGGAGUGGACUCAAACUUGCAUCGUCUACCUGGAGCUGGAGCCCCAAGGGGUCAGGGUGCCCUUUACUGUCUUCGGGGACAUCUCGGACAUUGGUAACUUGGCCUGCAAGGGCCAGCUCUGGGCCCAGGAGGCGGCAGCAGAUACUCUUUACCCUUGCCACCUGCACAGCUUCUGGGCCGAGCCUGGGAACAAUGUCCUCCGGCCGGGCCGGGCCCCAGGCAAGCCGGCCACAGCUGCCAAUCUGGCCUGGCUGAGUCCUCCCAGGCCUCCCCGGACUCCUGCAGGCUGGUGGGCUCCAUCACUCUCUGUACUGUUGGUCAUGGCUGAGGGUGACGGCGACGUUGUAAAUAACAUGUAUGAGCCCGACCCGGAUCUCUUGGCUGGCGAGAGUGCCGAGGAGGAGACAGAAGACAGCAUCAUGUCCCCUAUCCCCAUGGGACCACCCUCCCCCUUCCCCACCAGCGAGGACUUCACCCCCAAAGAGGGCUCACCCUAUGAGGCCCCUGUCUACAUUCCUGAGGACAUUCCCAUCCCUCCUGACUUCGAGCUGCGAGAGUCCUCCAUCCCAGGGGCUGGCCUUGGCAUCUGGGCCAAGAAGAAGAUGGAAGUCGGGGAGCGGUUUGGCCCCUACGUGGUGGCGCCCCGGACCACGCUGAAGGAGACUGACUUUGGAUGGGAGCAAAUCUUGACUGAUUCAGAAGUCUCGUCACAAGAGGGCUGCAUCAAAAAGAUUUCGGAAGAUCUAGGUGGAGAGAAGUUCUGUGUGGACACUAACCAGACCGGGGCCAGCAGUUGGCUCAAGUACAUCCGUGUGGCCUACUCCCGUGAUGACCACAACCUCAUCAUGUGCCACGUGAACGAGCAGAUAUAUUAUAAAGUCAUUAAGGACAUUGAGCCAGGCGAGGAGCUGCUGGUGCACAUGAAGGAAGGCACCUACUCCCUAGGGACGAUGCCGCCCAGUCUGGAUGAGGAGCGCACCUUCCGCUGCGAAGAGUGUGACGAGCUUCUGCAAUCCAAGCUGGAUCUGCGUCGUCACAAGAAGUAUGCGUGCGGCUCAGUGGGUGCCAUGCUCUACGAGGGCCUGGCUGAUGACCUGAAGCCCGAGGGCCUGGGCAGCACAGGCGGUGGGGACGGGCAGGCCCAUGAGUGCAAGGACUGCGAGAGGAUGUUCCCCAACAAGUACAGCUUGGAGCAACACAUGAUCAUCCACACAGAGGAGCGAGAGUACAAGUGUGACCAGUGCCCCAAGGCCUUCAACUGGAAGUCCAACCUCAUCCGCCACCAGAUGUCCCACGACAGCGGCAAGCGCUUCGAAUGUGAAAAUUGUGUGAAGGUAUUCACGGACCCCAGCAACCUGCAGCGGCAUAUCCGCUCCCAGCACGUGGGCGCGCGGGCACAUGCCUGCCCUGACUGCGGAAAGACCUUCGCCACGUCCUCGGGCCUGAAGCAGCACAAACACAUCCACAGUACCGUCAAGCCCUUCAUAUGUGAGGUCUGCCACAAGUCCUACACGCAGUUCUCCAACCUGUGCCGGCACAAGCGCAUGCAUGCAGACUGCCGCACGCAGAUCAAGUGCAAGGACUGCGGGCAGAUGUUCAGCACUACCUCCUCCCUCAACAAGCACCGGCGCUUCUGUGAGGGCAAGAACCAUUACGCUCCCGGCAGCAUCUUCGCACCUGGUCUGCCCUUGACCCCCAGCCCCAUGAUGGACAAGGCAAAGCCCACUCCCAACCUCAACCACACCGGCCUGGGCUUCAGCGAGUACUUCCCCUCCCGGCCGCACCCUGGAGGGCUGCCCUUCUCCACAGCGCCCCCUGCCUUUCCCACUCUCACUCCGGGCUUCCCGGGCAUCUUCCCUCCCUCCCUCUACCCCAGGCCACCUUUGCUACCUCCCACACCCCUACUCAAGAGCCCCCUCAACCACACCCAGGACGCCAAGCUCCCCAGCCCCCUGGGGAACCCCGCACUGCCCCUGGUAUCCGCGGUCAGCAACAGUGGCCAGGGCGCCACCGUGGCUCCAGGUGUGGAUGAAAAGUUUGAGAGUGGCUUGGAGGAUGCAUAUGUGGAGAAGCUCAAGACAAGGCAUAGCGAUGUGUCAGACGGCAGUGACUUUGAGGACAUCAACACCACCACAGGGACAGAUCUGGACACCACCACGGGGACCGGCUCAGACCUGGACAGCGACCUGGACAGUGACCGAGACAGGGCCAAAGACAAGAGCAAGGCGGCCGAGGGCAAGCCCGAGUUCGGGAGCGGCCCUGUGCCCCCAGGGGUCCCCAACAGCGUGAGUGAGGUGCCCGUCUUCUAUUCCCAGCACUCCUUCUUCCCUCCGCCUGAGGAGCAGCUGCUGAAUGCUUCGGGGGCCGCAGGUGAUUCCAUCAAGGCCAUUGCCUCCAUUGCUGAGAAGUACUUUGGGCCUGGCUUCAUGGGCAUGCAGGAGAAGAAGCUGGGCUCGCUGCCCUACCACUCUGUCUUCCCCUUCCAGUUCCUGCCCAACUUCCCCCACUCCCUGUACCCCUUCACGGACCGCACCCUCGCCCACAACCUGCUGGUCAAGGCCGAACCCAAGUCGCCCCGGGAUGCCCUGAAGACAGGAGGCCCUAGCACCGAGUGCCCCUUCGACCUCACCACCAAACCCAAAGAGGUGAAGCCCAUGCUGCCGACACCCAAGCUCCCCACUGCCCCAGCGUCCGGGGAGGAGCAGCCUCUGGAUCUGAGCAUUGGCAGCCGGGCCCGAGCCAGCCAGAAUGGCAGCGGCCGGGAGCCCCGCAAGAACCAUGUCUAUGGAGAACGCAAGCUGGGUGCCGGCGAAGGGCUGCCCAAAGCGUCCCCCGCGCAGCUGCCCCAGCAACCCUCCCUGCACUACGCCAAGCCCUCGCCCUUCUUCAUGGAUCCCAUCUACAGCAGGGUAGAAAAGCGGAAAGUGACCGACCCUGUGGGCGUCCUCAAAGAGAAGUAUCUACGGCCAUCCCCACUGCUGUUCCACCCCCAGAUGUCUGCCAUCGAGACCAUGACUGAGAAGCUGGAGAGUUUCGCGGCCCUGAAGGCCGACUCCAGCAGCUCCCUGCAGCCCCUGCCACAUCACCCCUUCAACUUCCGGUCCCCACCCCCGACGCUUUCAGACCCUAUCCUCCGGAAGGGCAAGGAGCGCUACACGUGCAGGUACUGUGGCAAGAUCUUCCCCAGAUCAGCAAAUCUCACAAGGCACCUGCGGACACACACCGGAGAGCAGCCAUACAGGUGUAAGUACUGUGACCGUUCCUUCAGCAUCUCCUCCAACCUGCAGCGGCACGUCCGGAACAUUCACAACAAGGAGAAGCCCUUCAAGUGCCAUCUGUGCAACCGGUGCUUCGGGCAGCAAACCAACCUGGACAGACACCUGAAGAAGCAUGAGCAUGAGAGUGUGCCAGUGAGCCAGCACUCUGGGGUCCUCACAAACCACCUUGGCACAGGCGCCUCUUCCCCCACCUCCGAGUCGGACAACCACGCACUUUUAGAUGAGAAAGAAGACUCCUAUUUCUCUGAGAUCCGGAACUUCAUUGCCAAUAGUGAGAUGAGCCAAGCAUCAACUCGGACAGACAAACGGUCAGAGAUCCAGCACCUGGAAAGGCCCUCCCAGGGUCCCGGCUUGGGUGGUGAGAAGCCUGAAGAGGCUGAGGAGGAGGAGGAGGAGGACUUGGAGGAGGAGGAUGAGGACAGCCUGGCAGGCAAGUCCCAGGAUGACACUGUGUCCCCUACACCUGAGCCACAGGGCGCCUAUGAGGAUGAGGAGGAUGAGGAGCCGCCCGCUCCCCUGGCUGUGGGCUUUGACCACACGAGAAGGUGUAUUGAGGAGGAAGAAGGCGGCCCGUUAGCUUUGGAGCCGAUGCCGACUUUUGGGAAGGGGCUGGACCUCCGCAAAGCAGCUGAGGAAGCGUUUGAAGUUAAAGAUGUGUUUAAUUCCACCUUAGACUCUGAGGCUCUAAAACAAACCCUGUACAGGCAGGUUAAGAACCAGGCGUAUGCAAUGAUGCUGUCCCUCUCUGAGGAUGCCCCUCUCCACACCUCCUCCCAGAGCUCUCUGGACGCUUGGCUGAACAUGGCUGGCGCUACAUCGGAGUCUGGAGCCUUCAACCCCAUCAACCACCUCUGA